AUGUGUCCCCUGCAGCAUCCCCGGCCAUCUCCUCUGGCUGAUGCCGGCAUCCGGCUCCUGUGUUCCGGUCCCUGUGACGUCGGGAUGUACGGGCGGCGGCUGCGGCGGCGGGAAAUUUGAAAAUUUAAAAAAAAAUUCAUUUUUUUCAAAACGAUUUUACAUACAUUUUGUCCCUAGUGCUUUGUCCUGUCCCCUGUCUGCAUUUUGAAUGUUCUUUCUGCCUGGAAACUUAGAAAAGUCCACGGCGUCCAAAAAGUGUCCCUUUAGGUCAAAAGCGGGUUUAGAUCAGCUAGAGAACAGCGAUAGUAAAUCAGAACCACCUGCAGAAUUGA